AGCUCAACUGCAACUCACUGGUGCAUCAAAACAGAAAAAUCUGAAAGACCAGUGUCUCGGUUUUGUUUUCUAAAAGUUAUUUUCAUUUUGCGUACAGUCUUUUUACACGCCAAUACAACUACUAAGUCUGUGUCGUACCUGUUCAAUAUAUUCCAUCGUUCCGUAAGAUAAUUUUUAAUCCACAUCCUAUUGCUAAGAAUGAAUGCUAAUAUUAGCUAACUGGUCCAUAACUUAUAACAACCAACGCUAGCGUUAGCCUCUGCAACAAAGAUACGCAUAGCAGGUAGUAACCUGGCAGAAUGGUCUUAUCGGAGACGGAUAAUGGGUGUGUUGGUGGGGAAGGAGCAGAGUCCAUUAUGAAGACGUGUGUGUUGGGGGGCUUCAGUGAGAGCAGCGAGACCAAAGCUCUCCUCUCCAGCCUGCCGCAGAUCGACGGGGACUUGGUGACAAGCGAGUCCGCCACACAGAGAUUCCUGGUGAUAAUGAACAGAUAUCAAGAGCAGCCUCAUCUACUGGAUCCUCAUUUAGAAUGGAUGCUGAACAUGAUACUUGAGUUUGUGAGGAGUGAGAAGUCUCCUCCUUCACUGGUUCAUUUGAGCUUCAAGUUUCUCUAUGUCAUCUGUAAGGUCAGAGGCUAUAAAAUCUUCAUGCAGCUUUUUCCACAUGAGGUGGCAGAUGUCCAGCCAGUCCUUGACCUGCUGUCCAGGCAGGAUCCCAAAGACUCUGAGACUUGGGAAACUCGCUACAUGUUGUUGCUGUGGCUGUCCAUGACCUGCCUCAUACCCUUCGAUCUUUAUCGUCUGGACGGUCAGCUAGAGUCAGACUGUGGCAAGGCAAAAAAGCCCAUCAUGGACCGUAUUCUAGCUAUUGCAAAGUCUUAUCUGCAAGUCAGUGAUAGUCCCAGGGAUGCUGCAUCUGUACUGGUAUCAAAGUUCAUGACACGCCCUGAUGUGAAACAGAAGUGCCUCGGAGACUUUUUGGACUGGAGUCUGACCACUAUAUCCCAGACCAGUGACCAGUCAGUGAGAGACAUUAUGGUGCUGGAUGGUGCCCUUCAGUCUCUGGCAAAACUUUUCAAACAUGGGAAAAGAGAUGAUCUCCUGCAGUAUGCUCCUACAGUUCUGAAGUUUCUGGAGCAGAAACGUCUUUCAGAGAGCAACCAAGCCAUGCUGAGUAAACUCAGUGUCAAACUCAUCCAGAGGCUUGGACUCACCUUCCUGAAGCCCCGUUUGGCCACUUGGAGGUACCAGAGAGGCAGCCGCUCCCUAGCAGCAAACCUUUCCAUGUCCCAGUCGACUACAGAUACUGCAGCUGUGACUCCUGAAGUGGAGACACAAGAACUGGAGGAGGACUAUGACAUUCCUGAGGAGGUGGAGACUGUUAUUGAGCAUCUGCUGGUGGGAUUGAAGGAUAAGGAAACAAUUGUGCGCUGGUCUGCAGCAAAGGGCAUUGGGCGGGUGACUGGGAGGCUUCCCAAGGAGCUGGCAGAUGAGGUGGUUGGAUCAGUGCUGGACUGCUUCAGCUUCCAGGAAACAGACAAUGCUUGGCAUGGAGGCUGCCUGGCACUGGCAGAACUCGGUAGGCGAGGACUGCUGCUUCCUUCCAGGUUGACAGAUGUUGUGCCACUCAUUGUGAAAUCCCUGACCUACGAGGAAAAAAGGGGAGCAUGCAGUGUUGGCUCCAAUGUGCGUGAUGCGGCCUGCUACGUGUGCUGGUCUUUCGCCAGGGCUUAUGAACCCAAAGAGCUCGAGCCUUUUGUCCCUCAGAUUGCCAGUGCUUUGCUGAUCACAGCUGUGUUCGACCGAAAUGUCAACUGCCGCAGAGCUGCUUCUGCUGCCUUCCAGGAAAAUGUCGGCAGACAGGGGACAUUUCCUCAUGGUAUUGACAUCUUAACUGCAGCAGACUACUUUGCUGUUGGUAAUCUCAACAACUGCUAUCUGAACAUCAGUGUCUAUAUAGCUAGUUUCCCAGAGUACACCAAGGCCAUGAUAGAUCAUUUGAUGGCAAUGAAGAUUAACCACUGGGAUGGCGUCAUCCGUGAGCUUUCCACCAAAGCACUCCACAACCUGACGCCUCAAGCACCUGAUUAUAUGGCAACAACAGUUUUGCCACAGCUGUUGCCCAUGGCAGUCGGUCUUGACCUCCACGGUCGCCAUGGAGCCAUCCUGGCAUGUGCAGAGAUUACACACGCUCUAUACAAACUGGGCCUUCAGACCAACAGGACUGUGGUGGACAUCAUUUCUUCUGAAUGUGUGGAUGCAUUAAAAAACAUUCAUCAGAUGCUGCAUGACAGAAAACAGUACAGGGGGUUUGGUGGAGAGCUAAUGAGGCCAGCCAUGUGCGUCCUUAUUGAAAAGCUGUCCCUGUCCAAAAUGCCUUUUAAGAAUGAUCCUGUAAUCACUGGCUGGCAGUGGCUUAUUGAUGACAGCAUAAAGACUCUUCAUCUUGUUUCUAGUGGUGUUAAGGAUGCCAUUUUGGUUGCUGUGGUAUCGGCCUUAUCUGCCUUGUGUGAGGAGUACUACCAGGUCAAGCUAGGCCAGGCUGAGUCUCAAAUGCAGGAAGUCCUGGUAUCUCAGUACACUGAAGGGCUCAAGAGUCCACAGAUGCUCACUCGUUGUGGAUCUGCUCUGGCCCUCGGCUGUCUGCCAAGAUUUAUGAUCCACAGCAAACUGAAGCAGAUCGUUGAAGGCCUCCAGCAGAUGUGCACUGUCAGCCAGAAGGAGGGGACUUUUACAGAGGCGAGGAGAGAUGCAGUCACAGCAAUUGCUCAAGUGUGUGUGAAGGUGGGUGUUUGUGCUGACGGCUCCCCAGACUCAGCUUUGUGCUCGGAGAAUGUGGCCGAGGUGUACGGCGUUCUGCUCAACAGCAUGAAUGACUACACGACAGACAGCAGAGGGGAUGUAGGGGCCUGGGUGAGAGAGGCGGCCAUGACGAGUCUGGUGGAUGUGACUUUGCUGGUUUCCAGCAGUGCUCCAGAGAUCCUUUUGCCAGACCUGGUUAAGUGUAUGAUGUGCUGCUUGGCCCAGCAGGCAGCUGAGAAGAUUGACCGCUACAGAGCCCAUGCUGGCAACGUCUUCCUGCGCAUCCUCCACAGCACAGAGCCUGUAGUACCUCACAUCCCCCACAGAGAGGAGCUGUUGAGCAUUUUUCCAUUUGAAACCACAACCAGUCUAAACUGGAAUGCUCCAUCCCAAGCUUUCCAGUAUAUCACCCAGCUGCUGGGACUGCCCCAGUAUCAGUACCACGCCCUGCUGGGCCUCACUGUGUCUGUGGGAGGGAUCACCGAGUCUACAGUACAUUUUUCCUCCCUGUCAUUGUUUGACUAUCUGAGAAGGAUCCAGGACAACAGUGCUACUCUGACACAGUUUGGAGAUACACUGCUAAGCGUCUUUAGGGAUAAUCUCCGUAAUGACAGGGUGUCUGUUCCUUUUCUUAAGAUGCUUAAUCAGAUGCUUGCUAACAGCUGCUUUGAAAUAUUCACCACACAAGAGAAUCAUCCAUUCUGUUUGGAUCUUUUGGCUCUUUGCAAAGAGUUCAGGAAGGCCAAAGACAUUUCCAAGCUGCGCGCCUGUAUAUCUGUUUUCUGUGGGCUGAUCCAGUUCCAGGGUGAAGUGAGGAAGAAGGUUUUGUCCCAGCUGCUGAUACUUCUCUGCCAUUCCUUCCCAGUGAUCAGAAAGACUACAGCCAGCCAGAUGUACGAGAUGCUGCUGACCUACGAUGAUGUCAUAGACCCUGAAGUGCUGGAUGAUGUCAUGACCCUGCUAAGUGAUACUAAUUGGGAGAGUGACCUUGCCACAGUACGAACCCACAGGAAUCAGCUCUGUGAUUGGUUGGGAGUACCCAAGCCACAGAUGGUUACCAAGCAGAGCCCUGUCCAGGUUUCCUGAUCACCUGUUGCUGUGAACACCAGCUGCAAGUCAUGUAGGUAGACACCAUGUUGUAAGAGUUAAGAAUGGAUCCGCUCAUCUGAACGUGCCCUGCAUCUGCUGGUCUGACCAUCUGCCAAAAAACAACACAUGGAGUGUAUCACAAUCUGACAGUUUUACAUGGCAAUAAAUGGAUGAAAAACAUCA